ACGCUUACGUAGGAAGGCAAGAGGCACUGCGCUGCAGGGCAGGACUGGGUCUGGGGUAUCGAGGUGUGGGCUACACCUUUUACCUAAUUUGUUGUGUGCAGUGAGGGAAGGGCCGCAUCGUCUGUCCCUUAGCCGUAUAAUAAGCUGGCCCGCGCCCAGGCGCUGCCUGGAGCCUCUCGGGGGAAAUCCCGGUGGGUUUGGCUCGGUGGUACGGGUCCGAUUUCUCUGCAGUCGGGUCAAGCGGGGGAGAAGGUGCAAACCGCGGAGCUGGAACUGGAGCUGGAGCCCGGCGCCCCACCCAGGUUGCGGCCGCGCGGGGAGGAAGCGCACAUAGGUUUGGCGCAAAGUUUCCUUUUCUGCUUUCUCGUCAGAGCAGUUUCAAAGGGCGGGGGUCUGAGAAUGCCUCACUUUAGUUUGAAGAGGGCCCAAAGCCAAAGGGAUUAAAAUAAGCAACUUCCCGCUUCCCGAAAACGCUCACCCUGCUAGCCAUGGGCAGCCGAGAUCACCUGUUUAAAGUGCUGGUGGUGGGGGACGCCGCAGUGGGCAAGACGUCGCUGGUCCAGCGAUAUUCCCAGGACAGCUUCAGCAAACACUACAAGUCCACCGUGGGAGCCAGGUUUUCUCAGUCGGAACCGACUGCCCGGAAAGAGGGCAAAGGUGUAAAGAUGAAAAAUGGGGGAGAGUCAAAGUGAGCAGUUGCUAUUUACCGCCGGCGAACUGCGAACUCCGCAGCCUUCCAGCAGUCCAGGGCCAAUCUGAAGAACAGAAGCAGCUGAGACCCUCAGUAGGGCCGGUUAGGUGCCAGCGGGGGCUCUUGCCCGUCUUUUCACGGGAGGUUACAGACAGCUGUUGAAGAAGGAACAGAAGGAUUUAAUAUGGCCUUGGGAGGAGAAUUUAGGGAGCGAACUGGUCUGAAGGACUCAAGGAUCGGGGGAGCAUUGGAGACACAAACAAGCCCCCGCCCCACUCCACACUGUCAGAUGCCCAUCAGAGCUUGAGCUGUGUGCUUUCUAUCCAUUGAUCGCUUAAAUAAAGGUAACCUAGGGAUCCUUUAAAGAAUGUGAGGAAUUCUUCAAAGAUCUCCCCAAAUUGCUUACAGCCUCUCUAAGUUGCUGAGGCUGGCCUUGAACUUGUGACCCUCCUGCCUCAACCUCUUAAGUCACUGGGAUUACAGGUGUGCACCACUCACUGUGCCUGGCCUAUCCCUGGAUUUUUUAACAGGGCAGGAGCGCUUCACAUCUAUGACACGACUCUACUACCGAGAUGCCUCAGCCUGUGUUGUUAUGUUUGAUGUUACCAAUGCCACUACCUUCAGCAACAGCCAGAGAUGGAAACAGGACCUGGACAGCAAGAUCACACUGCCCAAUGGAGAGCCCCUGCCCUGCCUGCUCUUGGCCAACAAGUGUGAUCUGUCUCCUUGGGCAGUAAACCGGGACCAGAUUGACCGGUUCAGUAAAGAGAAUGGUUUCACGGGUUGGACAGAAACAUCUGUCAAGGAGAACAAAAAUAUUAAUGAAGCCAUGAGAGUCCUCAUUGAAAAGAUGAUGAGCAAUUCCAGAGAAGACACUAUGUCUUUGUCCACCCAAGGGAACUACAUCAAUCUGCAAACCAAGUCCUCUUCCAGCUGGGCCUGCUGCUAGUAGAAUUUGACUUGUUUCCAUCCCAGUUCUAGAAGGUCUUUCCAUUUAUUCCCAUUGGGCCCACCCAGCAAUUUCAUUAAGAACAUUUGAACUGUCUCCUGCCAGUGAUCCAGUAAGAAGGGCCAUUGUGACUUAAAAAUACCCCUGGGACACGUGUAUUUCUACAUCCCCUGGAUGUUGGCUCUGACUUGCUCAUGUGGCCCAGUCAGUGACUUCUAUGUAAGAAUGAUCACCUCAAUUUGUGAUCUGGAACUUUGUGGGAAGAAUUAGAAAUUAAAAGUCAAAAUUCUCUGCCAGGUAUAGUGGUGCACACCUGAAACUCCAGGGACCUAGGAGUCUGAGGCAAGAGGAUCCCAAGUUUGAGGCCAACCUCAGCAACUUAGCAAG